AAAUCAUUUAAGUGAGUAAAUUCAUUAUCUCGAAAAGUAUUUAAUUUUUUUGGCUUAAGUAUCGCAGGAUACGGUACAUAUAGUGGAUACAAUUUCAAAAAUAUCUACGGAUGAGUGGCGUCAUCAUUUCAUAUCGUAUGUCUGGUCAAUAACGAUGUGCAGUGCUUGUCUUUAGUACUUGUAACUCACAUUGGUAGGUACUUAUCUACUGGAACCAUGGUAAAUGGACAAUCUGAGAUUAAGUUCUUGGUUUGUCUAUGUGGUUUCCUAAAGAGUUCGGGGAACUGCUUUACCCCGGUCUUCUUAGAUGGCACAGGCCCUUUCGUGGCGGUGGAUAUUAGUAACACCGUGGAUUCAUUCAGGUAAGAAGCUAACAUCUGCAAAUUUUCAUUGGGCAAACGAGCGACGGUACUUCCCCACCGAGGUUGUAUUCGGCGAGAGAUCGAGACUACGGGCUCGCCUCUUCGCGUGAUCAUUCGGGGGUCUUCUCGCGUUUCGAUCGUUGGGUCGCAGCAUGGGAUGUUCUCGGGCGAUCCACUUAUCACCGGCAACGGUGAUUGUGUUAUUAGACGCGUAUCGGAAGACUCCUGACUGCCUCCGGUACGGAUUGAUCAUCUGCUUCGUCGGUGGUUGGGUGUCGAGAUAUGUCCAACUUUUGACAUUUAUGAAAAGUAGUCCGGGUGGUCUCCGGAACCCCGGCGUCGACCUAUUCUCGGCACUGAAAGGAGACCCAGUCGGCCGCGGUUUCGUGCCGUGGUCGGUGACCUGUCUGUCAUACCGGUAA